UUAGUCCCUCAACGUCCGGUAGCCAUAUUGUUUUAAAAAGUUAUCCUUUUCCGUUUUGUUGUCGUGAAAAUGACGGGCUUUAGCAAUAAGUAACAUUCAACGUGUGACAAAUUCUACAACAUGCACCGAACGUGCAUCACACGUGCUUCUUCGUGUCUAACUUUAAUUACAAGGAGUUACUGUACAACACCGUUCGUAUUGGCUAUAUUGCAAGAAAUUCCGAGAUUCCUGCUUCAAAAAUUGUGUUAAAUAUAAAUGAAAUCUCAAUUAGUGUUAUAAAUUUUGAGGUUAUGCUGUACGUCAGCGGCGGUUAACUUCUGUGAUUUUUUGUGUUCUAGGCCAUAGUGAUCGAUGGCCGUGGCCAUCUCCUGGGCCGCCUGGCCGCAGUAAUUGCUAAGGUCCUGCUAGAAGGUAACAAAGUCGUGGUCGUGCGAUGUGAGCAGAUCAACAUCUCUGGCAACUUCUUCAGGAACAAAUUGAAGUUCAUGUCAUUCCUUCGUAAGAGGUGCAAUGUGAACCCAGCUCGUGGACCUUUCCACUUCAGAGCUCCUUCCAAGAUCCUGUGGAAGACUGUCAGAGGCAUGAUCCCACACAAAACUGAGCGCGGAAAGAGCGCAUUGAGGAGGCUUCGCGCGUACGACGGUUGCCCACCACCAUAUGACAACCGCCGUCGUGUUGUUGUACCUGCCGCUCUCCGUGUCUUCUGCUUGAAGCCUGGCCGUAAGUACUGUCACGUCGGCCGCCUGUCUCACGAAGUAGGCUGGAAGUACCGCGAUGUCGUCCGCAAGCUGGAGAACAAGAGGAAGGUCAAGUCAGUCAAACUUAUGGCCUACGAGAAGAAGUUGAAGAGAAUCACCAAGGAAUCCGGCGAGAAGGUUGCGAAGACGACAGCACCAUUCACCGCAGUGAUCCAAUCCUAUGGAUACAAUUAGGAUUAAGACAUAAAUAUAAAAACCUUUGGUUGCCCAAAA